AUGACACUUAUAGUUGUACUACUUUACGUGGGCGCCGAUGGUGUUAAUUCGCUGGUGCGAAAGGCGAUGGGUGUAGCUUAUCCGAAUUGGCGAUACGAUCAAUUGGGUAUUGUCGCGACUCUCAAACUAUCCGAGCCCACGGAAAACGUCGUAGCUUGGCAGAGAUUUCUACCAACAGGCCCCAUCGCACUGCUACCGUUAACAGAUUCUCUCAGUUCGCUUGUGUGGUCCAUGACAAGCGAGAAGGCGAAGGAACUGCUACAAGUCACAGAGGAGGAGUUUGUCGACAGAGUAAAUGAGGCGCUGUGGCGAGACUAUCCGAAGAACAGUAUCGUCGAAGGUGGCAUGCAGGCACUUCGCCAGCUACUCGCGGAAUUCUCCCUGCAGACUGGUGUGUCUAGGCAACUGCAGCCCUCUAUAGCGGCGAUCGUCGAGGGGUCGCGGGCGGCGUUUCCUCUAGGUUUCGGCCAUGCCGCGUCUUACAUUCGGCCAGGCACGGUGUUGAUUGGGGACGCAGCACACCGAGUUCAUCCUCUUGCCGGUCAAGGUGUGAAUCUGGGCUUUGGCGAUGUGACAGUACUGACGCAGAUCCUGGCCGAAGCUGUUAUGGACGGUGGUUUGAUCAACGACAUGAUGUAUUUGGAGAAAUAUGAGACAUUAAGACAACGGCACAAUGUACCGACGAUGCUUGUCAUCGAUGCGCUUCAUCGACUUUACCGAGGCACCGCGACACCCAUUGUUCUAACUAGGAGCUUGGGUCUACAAUUGAUGAACGCUAUCCCACAAGUCAAGGUAGUAGGAACAUUAUACUGCAACGAAUAUUAG